UUUGAAGAGGCGCUUGCACGACAGUGUCGUGAGGGCUCUUGUAAUUGGGUAGAACGGUUGAGGCACCAUGCAGAAAGAGCCUUACAACUCCUCCUGAUGUGUCUUUAAUGUUGUGUGUCUCAAAUAAGCAAUUGAAAGGGUGGAGGAAGGGGGCUUCCACAGCAAGUUUAUGCAAAAUGUGUAGGCUUGGGAGGUUUUCUCCAAUUGGUGCUAUCGAAUCCUAGAUCUUUGGCCUCUGUUCAAAUCUUGGGUGCUUAUCAGUGGGGAACCUGCAUGAGGUCUUGGUUCCACCUGGGUACAGGGCAGGAGACGCAGACUUACAUCAUAGGUUUACGUAGUAAAGAUUUGAUUGGAAAUCAUUGGCAGAGAGAUGUCAAUGCAGCCAUGGCUUUGAUCUCAGUGAAGUGCCCCGGCUGCUCUUGUGUCUGGGCUGGGAGUCCCCUUCUCUCCGGAAACUACUCCUCCCUCACAGCAAAACAGAGCAGCAUUCCACCUAUUUUUGCAACUCUCCGGACGCGCGAUAGAAUCUUACGGGAUGGUUAUUGCAUGCGAGCUCUCAAACCGUUUCUCUUUUCUAGAAAACCCUCGCACACACGCCAAAGGGGGGUGAUCUCUGCAUCGGCCCCUGUGGGCACUUUGGUGGAGAUCGUAGCGGCGGGGACGCAGGCUUCAAACAGUUCCGGGCAUGUUAUUGCUAACCUGGCGGCAGUGGCUAAUGUGGCGCUGACAGCUGUUGCCGUGGCGGCGACCGCAUACCUCUCGCCGUAUGCGGACGGCAUUGCGGGGCGGCACGAGGAGAAAAGAGUUCGAACUAUCAUCGAAGGAGUGGACGUGACGGGGUUCCAGGUCUUUGCGGAGGCUGAUGUAAAGCGGGCGAUUGACUAUGCGAAGGAGGCCCACAAGGGUCAGAUGCGCAGGACUGGGGAGCCCUACAUCACGCACUGCAUCCACACCGCGCUCAUUCUGGCCGCUCUAGUUCCGGCGGAAGGAUCGCGGGCUGUAAAUACGAUCGUCGCAGGCGUGCUACACGACGUCUUGGACGACACUAACCGGAAGAGGGAGGACGUAAAGCGCAACUUUGGGGAGGAGGUGGCGGGACUGGUGGCGGGCGUCAGCAGGCUGAGCCACAUCAACCAGCUUCUGCGACGGCACCGGCGCACCUCUGCGGAGAGGAAUCCCUCUACCAGCACGGGCACGCUGACACACGAUGACGUCAGCAACCUGCGCGUGAUGCUGCUUGGGAUGAUAAACGACCCACGCAUGGUCCUCAUCAAGCUUGCGGACCGACUGCACAACAUGCGGACCAUUUAUGCGCUCCCGCCCAGCAAAGCUGCCGCCGUCGCCCAGGAGACGCUGGCCAUCUGGUGCUCGCUCGCUGCCAGGCUGGGGGUCUGGGGAGUCAAGGCCGAACUGGAGGACCUGUGCUUCGCAGUCCUGCAGCCGGAACUGUUCCGGAAACUUCGGGCGGAGCUCGCCGAUCUGUGGACCCCGGAGCGCGACUGGCGCUUCGUUCGGCGGCAGGCGAUGAUCCGGGAGAGGAUCCGCCAGGAGAGGCCGCAGAAACAGAACAAGGGCUUGAAAUUGAGCGCAGAUGGCGGGGUUUCAAAAGCGAAAAGGGAGAGGGAAAGAGAAGAGGACGAGAGGAGGGAGCAGGCUCAAAUAGAAGAGGAUGCGAAAGAGGAGGAGGAGCAGCCGUCGACGCAGGACCUGCUCAAAGCGGUAGUUCCGUUCAAUCUGCUCACGGACCAAGCACGGAGGGGGCGGCAACGAGAAGGGGCGGGGAGCCUGGCGCAGGCGAGCACAAUGCUGGAUCAAGCACGGCGGCCCCACGAAGAAGGCGGGGAGCCGCACCGACCAAAGGUGAUUCGGGACGCUGCAGUGGCGCUGGCGGCGCUGGGUGCGUGCGAGGACGCGCUGAGCUCAGAGCUCCUCAUCACGCAGCCAUAUGUACCUGGCAUGGAGGUGACGCUCUCGGGACGGUUGAAGAGUUUGUACAGUGCACACUGCAAGAUGCGACGAAAAGGCGUGAGCCUGGCGCAGAUCUAUGACGCGCGCGCUCUUAGAGUUGUUGUCGGCGACGGGAAUGGCACGCAGCACGUGGCGGCUGUUGAAGGCUGCUACGACCUGCUGAGAACAGUACAUGGGUUGUGGCCGCCGAUUGGGGGCGAGUUCGACGAUUACAUUGUCAACCCAAAGCCUACGGGUUACCAGUCUCUUCACACGGCGGUGAUCGGGCCGGACGGAGCGCCGCUCGAAGUGCAGAUUCGAACCCAGAGUAUGCACGAGCAGGCAGAGUAUGGGGUAGCCGCGCACUGGAUGUACAAAGAGUCGGGCAACAUGGACUUCUCGCUGGACUCGCUCAGUCCCUGGGGCAAAGGAAGUGGGCAAGGCGCCGACAAAACGGGGGCGGAAAGCCAAGCGGAAACGAGCGGAGUCGGGGUAACGUACCAGGAUAAGUACCCCUACAGGACGCAGAUCAGGGAGGGGCAUCCCGCGCUGAGGAUCGACGAGGGGCGGCUGUUAGCGGCGGUCGUUGUACGGGCGGAAAACGACGGGCGGAACUUGCUGGUGGCCGUCAGUUUCGCACUGGGGGCGCGAGAAGCGGUCGCGGCGGGGCGGACGCGGGGCCGACGGAAACGAUGGGAGACAUACGCAAAGCUUCAUAAGUUGGUGGGCGACAAGAAGUGGACGCUUCCAGGACACGGAGACUGGACGCACUGCCUGGAGCGAUACACCCUGUGCUCGGAUGGCAUCUAUCACAAGGAGGACGCGUAUGGGCAUAAACUGCCCACGUUUGUCCAGAUGCUGGAGCUGAGCUCGGAAGAGGAAGAGGAGUACGGGGACAUUCUGGGGAAGGUGGCACAAGGAAUCGAAGUCGAGGACACCGAUAUCGAAGACGAAGGGGAGGAGUUGGGCGCGGCAAACGGGGCUGGAAUGCCCACGAAUAUGGCCCGGUUGAACAACAAGGUCCGAUUGCUGCGGUCCAUGCUUCAAUGGGAACGUGAAAUCCGUGACGAAACCGUCGAGGAUGCGCUCAGAAAGCCAGAGGCGCCCGAGUUAACCUCUACCUUAACCGAGGUUUUGGUGAUUCGAUGGCCGGAUGGGGAGAUUGUUAGUCUGCCAGCUGGCAGCAGUGCCGAGGAUUUGGUGAGGCAGGUGGGCGAAACGCAGAAGAUAGUAAUCAUAAAUGGAAAGGCGGUCACGCCAAACGCGCGCCUGAAGGAUGGAGACUUGGUGGAGCUAAGGUGAUCUGUCUGCUAAGGGCUCGUCAUCAAGAAGCUUGCAAGUAAAGAUUGAGGUGCCUAGAUCAGGUCUAGAAAGCACAUACAUAUUUAUGUGGAGAAGGAUAUUCAUACUUGUCCAGUUUACAGACUUGUUGGAUUCAGCCCGUGCGCAUCUGUAAAUAUUGUCACGCCAAUUUGGAGCAAAUUAUCCACCGAGUCUAAGAGUCAAACAAUCUGGUCCGAUCUAAAACUCAUCUAACUUGUUAUUAGUUGGAUCUCCACGAGCUAAGCG